GCUGCUGGAGCGCCUGUUCAGGGCAAGCCCACGCCGGGUUGGGGCCGGUGUGUCGGGACUCUCUGCACGGAUCGCGGCGGUCCUACGCAGAAGGGUGGCUUUUGGGAGACGCUCCCUCGGAAGCCAGCCAUGUUGGCCGAUGAAGGGCUGCUGAUCAACGUGCGCACUUUUCCUCCUCCCGCCUCUGCGGGGCGAAGGGGAUCCUCAGAGCCUCAGAAGCGCAAGGGAAGAAAGCAGGUUAAGGCUCUGAAGAGGAAAUUGCAGUGGCCAGAGGAAGGUGUCCCCCGAAAGCAGAAGUCAUGCUUGUCUUCACCCCAAGCCAAGAAACGGGCGAUGAAUCCUUCAAGGGGCAUCAAGGGAGCAGGCCCACCAAAGCUUCCUCCCAAGAAGUCCUUGACUGAGGAGAAAGUCAGCAAUGCAAGCAGCAGCAGGCCGUUGGUGAAGACUUCCUCUCUCUUCAGAAACAACCCUGAAAUCCCAGACCUGCAGAGGACUGCAGUGGAACAAGUGCAGGAAAGAGUUUUCACUUCAGAUUCUUUCGAUCAGCUUGGCCUCCAUCCCCACUUGGUUUCAACCAUAACAUCUGUUUUGGGAGUGUCAAGUAUGACCAGCGUUCAGAAGCAGACCAUUCCAAUGAUAAUACAGGGCAAGGACGCUCUGGUGCGAUCGCAGACUGGCUCGGGUAAAACGCUUGCUUAUGGGAUCCCUCUAGUUCAAUCCUUGCAAGGAGUGGAGCCAAAAAUAAAGCGCAGCGACGGGCCCUACGCUGUCAUCCUGGUUCCAACGCGAGAACUGGCCCUCCAGAGCUUUCAAACGAUCCAGAAAUUGCUGAAGCCCUUUACCUGGAUUGUGCCUGGUGUGCUGAUGGGCGGAGAAAAGAAGAAAUCCGAAAAGGCCAGACUUCGCAAAGGAAUCAACAUACUGAUUGCCACUCCUGGUCGCCUGGUGGAUCACAUCAAGUCCACCCAAUGCAUUCAUUUCCACCGGGUCCGGUGGCUGAUUCUGGAUGAGGCUGACAGGAUCCUGGACCAGGGCUUCGAGAAGGCCGUCGCCGCAAUCCUGAAUGCUGUGAACACAGACAGCGAGCAGCGGCAGAACGUUUUGCUGUCCGCCACGCUUACAGAUGGGGUUGUGAGAUUAGCAGAUAUCAGCUUGCACGAUCCAGUCUGCAUCUCCAUAGUGGAAGAAUUGGGGGCCUCCCGUGCUCCCAAGGCAUCAGUGGAGAUUGUGGGGGCCACUCCUGCAAGCAAGGAAUCGGAUGGAUUUGCCGUGCCGGAGCAACUGCAGCAGCACGUCACGGUGGUUCCAAGCAAAUUGCGACUUGUGACGCUGGCCACAUUCAUCCUGGAGAAGUGCAAGUUUGAAAAAUGCAACAAGAUGAUCGUCUUUUUCUCCAGCUGUGAGCAGGUGGAAUUUCAUCACAGGCUGUUCUGCAAAGUCCUGACUGAGGGACCGGAGGUGGGAGACUCAGAGCCCCCCUUCUUCCCCUCUUCCCCUGUGAAGUUCCAGCGUCUGCACGGUGACAUGAAGCAAGAGGAGAGGACAACGAUCUUCCAGGACUUCCUGCAAUCAAAAGCUGGCGUUUUACUCUGCACUGAUGUUGCUGCUCGAGGGCUGGACCUCCCGCAGGUCACCUGGAUUGUUCAGUAUAAUCCUCCAGCUUCGCUUGCCGAGUACAUCCACCGAAUUGGGAGGACGGCUCGGAUUGGCAGCCGCGGGAACAGCCUGCUCAUCCUCGCUCCUUCAGAGGCGGAAUAUGUCAGCCUGCUGGCUUCUCACAAGAUCAAUGUUUCAGAAAUGAAGAUGGAGACCAUCCUGUCCUGCCUGAUGAAAGAUAAUCGUUUCGUGGGAAGCCGAGGGGGAAAUAAGAUUCAGCAGGACGGUGAAGAUCCCUCUGAGAUCCCCCAAGCGAAGGAGGCCCAACAAGGCUCUUUGGAAUCUCAUUCCGAUGAUCCUGUCCUAACUAAAUCGAAGUUCGGCACCAUCCACUGA